AUGGCACCUCCCGCGAAGAAGAAUCUAGGCAACGUUCUCGUAAUUGGCGGCUGCGGGUUCUUGGGCCAUCACAUUGUGAAUCUCCUCCACGACACCUACACCAGCAAAAUUUCCGUCCUCGACCUUUCUACCACGCGCAAUCGGCGUCCAGAUUCGGACGGUGUUGCCUACUAUAACGGCGAUAUCACCUCUAUCUCCUCCCUGGUACCUAUCUUCGAAAAAGCAAAGCCAGAUGUAGUGAUCCAUACCGCAUCACCGACUCUGAUGGGCGCAGGGCAUGAGCUGUACAGGAAGGUUAAUGUGGAUGGGACAGCGUGCGUGAUUGAGGCAUGUCAGAAGACGGGCGUCAAGGCGCUGGUGUAUACGAGCAGUGCGAGUGUGAUCCAUGAUACUAUCAGUGAUCUCAAGAACGCGGAUGAGAGAUGGCCUGUUGUGCCUCCGCAUGCCCAGCACGAGUAUUAUUCGCAGACCAAGGCCGAAGCAGAAGCCCUCGUCCUGGCCGCGAACCGCUCCCCCACCCUCCUCACCUGCUCCAUCCGCCCCGCAGGCAUCUUCGGCGAAGGCGACGUGCAAAUCCUCCCUCCGAUCCUCAACGUCCACUACACGAACCGCACUGGCUUCCAGCUCGGCGACAACACCAACCUCUUCGACUUCACCUACGUCGUCAACGUCGCACACGCGCAUCUGCUCGCAGCCUUCGGUCUGCUCGCCACGAGCCGUGCCAGCACCGCUAUUCUAGACCACGAGAAGGUGGACGGGGAGGCGUUCUUCAUCACGAAUUGCUCGCCUGUAUACUUCUGGGAUUUCGCGCGAGCGGUGUGGGCGCAUGCUGGGAGCAAAAAGGGGACGGAGCAUGUGUGGGUUAUUUCGAGGGAUAUGGGGCUUGCUAUUGGGGGGCUUUUGGAGUGGAUUACUUGGGCGGUUGGGAGGCAGGCUAAACUUACUAAGAGGCAGGUGAAGUAUAGUACUAUGACGAGGUAUUAUGAUUGUGGAAAGGCGCAGAAGAGGCUUGGGUACCAGCCUCUUGUAGGGCUGAAUGAGGGGUUGAGGAGAGGUGUGAAGUGGUUUGAGGAGCAGAGGACAAAAGAGGGGGAGAAGAAAGAUCAGUAG